GCUUCUAAAGCUUGUCCUUUUGCAAGCCAUGGCCGCUCCUAACUCUCCCUCUAUACAUACAAAGUGACCUCUCGUUCUGCGGCCACACCAGCAGCAUUCCAGCACCACACGCACUGCUAGUCCCUGCCUCUCUGCUCUGCCCUCCAUUGCUGCAAGAGCUAUAACUAUAAGGUUGCGGAGCAGCACGCGCCGUGAGAGCUCAACUUCGAAGAUGAUCAAGCUGAGGUGCUCCAAGAAGCUGUUCAGGAGGAGCUCCUCCAAGGGCAGCAGCAGUGGCAGCGACGGCGGCGAUGCCGGUGGUGGCCGCGGGGAGAUAGAGUGGGAGGUGAGGCCGGGGGGCAUGCUGGUGCAGAAGAGGGACGGAAGGGGCGACGUGGAGAUCAUCACUGUCAGGAUCGCCACCGGCUUCUCCUGGCAUGACGUCUCCAUUGGGGCGACCUGUACUUUUGGAGAGCUGAAGGUGGUGCUAUCCAUGGUGACAGGGCUGGAGCCGAGGGAGCAGAGGCUGCUGUUCAGGGGCAAGGAGAGGGAGGACAGCGACCACCUCCACAUGGUAGGGGUGAGGGACAAGGACAAGGUGCUCCUCCUCGAGGACCCUGCCCUCAAGGACAUGAAGGCCCAGGCCGUGCAGAGCCCGUAUCAGCCUUUUAUCAGGGUGUAGGCCUGGCUCGGUCCGGCUUGGCCCGCCAUAGCCCUAACUGAUAGAGUAAACAAGUAUCAUCCAGCUGCUCUUGGUUGGUGUCUUGGUGACCUCCUGCUACUAUUAAUCAACCAGUGUUAAGUACCACUCCAUGUAUGGGCAAAGGAAAGCCCCUCUUCAUGUGAGAGUGAGAGUACCACUACUUGUUAGUCGCGUAGUCUUCUCAUGCGUAACACUACUUGUAAGUCAGGUAGAUGAUGCACUUGCUUGUAAGUGCUGAGUAUGGCUGUCAUGCAUGUUAAGUUUGGUUGUUAAGAAAAAAAAAUGCAACCUUAGAGAUGACGUUGGCCUAGCAAGUUCCACACACAGUUUCAAGAGGCCUUAGGCCUCCAAGGCUCCAACUGAUAAUUGUGAUAAACAUUUUUCAGCUUUGGGUGAAACCUGCUAUUAGUAA